AUGUCCGCGUGGAGAAAAGCUGGUUUGACAUACAACAACUAUAUGGCUAUCGCCGCUCAAACGGUGCGUUCUGCUUUGAAGACCGAAGCUCAAAACACCAGAGUGUUGGCCAGAGGCAAGACCGAAGCCAAGUUUGUGAAAUACGAGAGCGGAGAGUCCGCCACCGAAGCUGUCGCUUUGAAGAAAUAA